AAGUAAGAAGGUCAAAUGACGGAGAAAUGACCGAUGAAGAAACGCAUCCUUCGGAAGACAAGCGAGAGAAGGUUAGCAGAUCAAAUAGCGGAGAGAUGACCGAUGAAGAAAUACAUCCUUCGGAAGACAAGCGAGAAGUCAAGAAAAGGUCAACAGCCGCUUUAGACGAAUCAGAGAUACAGACGUACGUUGACGCUCACAACGAGUUCCGAAGGGCCGUCUCGCCAACUGCAGGGAACAUUAGAAAAAUAAAAUGGAGUGAAGAACUUGCCAAUGUAGCUGCAGAAUGGGCUGAAACGUGUAACUGGAGUCAUAACCCCGAUCGAUCAUCUAAAAGUCCCUCCUUUGGUUACGUGGGGGAGAAUAAGUACCUAACUACAGCUACAGAAGAUAAAAUUCAUCGCUCUGUGGAGUACUGGAACCUGGAGAGCAGCAAGUACGACUAUGAUACCCAGACUUGUAGUUCAGGAAUCUGUUCGCACUACACACAGGUUGUUUGGCAUGAUUCGGAGUAUGUGGGCUGUGGUGUUCAGUUUUGUUCCUCAAUGAACGGUUUAAGUGGCUGGAAUGACGUCACAUUCUACGUCUGCAACUAUGGGCCAGGAGGAAACUACGUAGGACAGGACCCGUACUCGAAGGGAAGCGACUGUUCCGGAUGUACCGACGACUGCUGCGAUGACCGCCUGUGUGUUGUAAACCGAUAACUACCCAGUCAAAGUGUACUGUUCGCAUGAAUGAAAUGCCGUCAACUUCGUCUUAAAUUUCCAAGUUCUAAAGAUAUCUGAUUU